AGCGGGUUUUGAAAAGGCGGGCCAUGGAACCCGAUCGAGUACCGAAACUGAGGGUGGACAGUGAUAUGUUUAUGAACUCAGACCCGGGCUUUGAAACAGUUUUUAGCGAACAGCUAGCCGUAUCAGUCGUAGAAGAGACAAGCGAAUAUAAAAUUUACUGUAAUCUCAAAGUUGAAGUAAAUAAAAACCAGCCGCCACCGAAGGAAAAGGUAAUUGCUGUGAAAAUCGUGGGAAUAAGCAAUCCUUUCUUUGUGUACAAGGGCAUAAUGACUGCAGCUGACUAUGAAAAUAUCAAAACUGAACAUUGUCUCUUUGUUGAUUUUACUAAGUUUAUUGAAGUAUUUUUGAAUUUGUUGAGACAGUGUUUACACUCAGACCAAGGAAGUACACUCAGGUAUGUUCUGCGUAUUGAAGAGAACAUUAUGUAUGAGAAAAGAGAAACUUUGCUUAAAAUUAUCGAGAUAAAUGACUUGAGGCAGAUGACUCACCUUUACAUUAAAAUACAAAAAUGUUCAGAAGAUGAAGUCAAGAAGAUUGUCACAGACAGAAUAAACUUGCUGCAGGAGGAAAGAAGAAAAUUCAUGCUCAAAAUGGAAGACUAUGACUCAAAAAUAUUGCAGUUUGAGGCUGAAAUCAUCCUACAGAAAGCAAAGACUGAUGAAAUUAUUCAUGAAUAUGAGAAGAAGAUGUCACAGAUAUCAGAGAACCAUGCAAAAGACCUGGCUGCGGAAAGAGAGAGGACUCAACAUUUACUUGCUGAGAGAGAGAAACAGUACCAGGGAGAAUUAAAUGUUAAAGAUGAAGAGAUGCAAACCAAGAAAAUUUAUUGGGAACGUCAAGUUAAUGAAGGGUCUGCACUUCUGACCAAAGCACACGCGCAGAUUGGUUUGUUGGCAGUACAUGAAAAGUCUCUACGGAAAUCUCUGGAAGAGCGUGAAAGUGAGGUGUCUGAACUGAAAAGAGUAAAUUCUCAGUUAGUAAAUGAUAUUGAUACAGUGAAAGGACAUAUGGAGCGCAAGGAAACAGAAUUACGAAAGAUUGCCCUUAACUACAAGGAAGUACUCCAAGAUUUUAUGGACGUGUCAUCUCGGACCGCCGAUCAGGAAAGAAGACUGAGCAAACUGGAGAAAGAAAAUGAAGUGAUGCGCCAAAAAAUUGAUAAAUACAAGAAAGAACAAGUUGACAAAAUGGAUACCAUUGAAGCACUGAAGAAACAGUUAUCCACAGCAAAGAACCACCUAACUGAAGGCAAACAGAAAUAUAUAAGCCUUGUUGACAAAUGUGAGAAAGCUGCAGAGCUAAUGAGCAGUCAGGAGAAGGCCUUGGAAGAUAUGAAGAAACUUUUGUCAGAUUAUCAAAAAGAGAAGGAAGAUAUUGUGAAAGAGAAUAAAUCUCUGACUGCAACUGUUAAGGAACUGAGAGAAACAAUAGAAAGCAUGAAAAUGGAGUUAACUGAGAAGGAUAACAACUUGAAAAGCUCAGAAAGUGUGAUUUCGUAUUUGACGAAGCAGGUGAAGAAUACAAAGCUAUCUGAUCCCAACACAGGACUUCAUAUGACAAGCAGUGCAGCUCUGAAACAAAGUAGGCUACCGCUGAGCCACCAGCAUUCAUAUGUGCCUACACCCUCUUCAUCCGACAUACUUUCUCUGGGUUCACUCAGCAUAUCAGGUGCUACAGGAUACCUGCAUCAGCAACAGCAGCAGUUAUCUGCACAGGCUCCACCAGUACCCCACAUCGCAUCUAUUACAACAUCGUCUUCUACACAACCAAGUGCAAUUGGGUCAGCAGCAGCAGCAACAGCAGCAGCAGUCACAGCUUCUUCAUAUUUUUCAAAGAAGAAGAGUGAUUCCACUUAAGUCAAAAAUUCUUUGCACAUAAAAAAACUAGUACCUGACUGUUUCAGAUCUGUGAUAUUUUACUGUUUUUGUUAAGUAGUAAUGAAUUCUAACAACAUUACUUUGUUCCAUACUGAUGAUUGUGCUAAUUGAUUAUAUAAUGUAUUAUGUGUGUGGGCACAUGCACACUGUGUGUGUGUGUGUGUGUGUGUGUG